AUUAAAUGAGAUUAAGACUAGUGUGUAGAUAAUUUUUUAACACAUCGAAAAAGGCACCACCAAAACCUUCAAGUAUAAUGGGUGCAUAACUUUCUGAAAAACAGAUGGAGGAAUUAAUGAAUCCAUUAGGAUUUUUAAAAGAAAAUGAAAAGAGUGAAGUUUAAGAAUAAAUUGAGAAGGCAAAAGAAUUAAAGGAGCUAAUAUAGAAAUAUAAAAUAAAUAAGACCUUAUAGAGUGGAGAUCAAAAUAAACCUUAUGAAUUAGAUAAAAAUGGGAUGCCACCUGAAGUAGGAUUUAAAGUUAAAGGUCCAGAACCAACAAGAUAUGGAGAUUGGAUUGGAAGGGGUCGAGUAACAGAUUUUUGAGA